UUGGCCUCUAAAAAGCUUGGCGUGCUUUGCAGAGCGGGACAGUAUUUCAUGUCGGCACACCGCCUGCAACUUUACAAGGCCCAGGUUCGGCCUCACAUGGAAUACUGUUCCCAUCUCUGGGCUGCGGCUCCACAGUGCCAGCUCCUUCCACUUGACCGCAUCCAACGCAGAGCGGCUCGAAUCGUCGACGACCGAGCCCUUUCCGAUCGGCUCGAUUCAUUGGCACUGCGAAGAGAUGUUGCCUCCCUUUGCAUUUUCUUUCGCAUCUACCAUGGGGAGUGCUCUGAGGAAUUGUUCGGAUUAAUCCCAGCCGCCAAAUUUCACGAACGCACAUCGCGGCAGAACUCCCGAUACCAUCCACACCAUCUGGAUGAUUGGCGGUCCACCACUGUGCGAUUUAGAAGAUGUUUUCUUCCUCGCACAACUUCCUUGUGGAAUAGUUUACCACCAGCGAUUUUUCCGGACCGAUACGACUUAGGGACCUUCAAGAAAAGAGCCUACUCCUUUUUAAAAGGCCGGCAACGCAUCUGCAAUUCCCCUGGUGUUGCGGUUGUUCAUGGGCGGCGGUAG